AUGGCUUUCGCUGGUCGAUUGCAGUUGAUGAUCAAAAUUUGGCUUCUUAUUCUUCAUGCCAGUCUUAGUUCCGCUGCCUGUAGUGUUCCUCCUAUUCCUAUACGCAUUGGAAACGUGACACUGUCAACAGGAGAGAUAGCACGAGGUUUAGAUUUAUCUGUCGGGAAUCCAGAGCAGCAUUUCGCCUUCUUACCGCAAUGGCCAUUGAAUAACUCCUUUAUUUACGGAACGGAUGGAUUCUGUGGUUCCAGUUGGUCUACCGCUGCUUGUACGACAUUUCGUGGUGGUUCAUACAAUGAAUUUGCAUCCAAAAGCCGUGGAGUACCGGCGACUAAUGCUUAUCCAUCCGACGCCUCGCCAUACCCACAGCUCACAAUGGUAUCCGACAACAUAACGCUGAGUUCAAAUGUGAGCAUGCUCGAUUUUCCCAUUGGAAUACCGAAAGCAGAUUGGGGAGAACAAAGUUAUUAUCCGCAAAUGGCCAUUGGGCUCGGCACCAAUUCGACCAUUCUAAACACGCUCUACUCAUCAGGCCAGAUAGCAUCUCGAACGUGGUCCAUGUUCUGGGGACGAACUGGAGCGACGUCAGCGACUCAACUCGAUGGCGGAUUUGUUUUUGGAGGUUACGAUCGUGCCAAGGUCACUGGGGCAAAUUAUACCCGUUCUCUUACUUACUCCAAGACAUCUUGUUUUUCUGGAAUGCUGGUUACAAUCACCAAUAUGGUACUCAAUUUCCCAAAUGGUACUGAUGCCAGUAUAUUCGGCGGAAUUGAAUCCGAUGCUAUUCAAGCAUGCAUCGAGCCAAGCUACCCCGUCUUAUUGACGAUCCCAACUGACCCUUAUUUCCUGAACUUCGAGGAAAUUACCAACCAAACAAUAUCUGACAGAUCGUUUGGAAUGUACUACUAUGGCUUGCUCUAUGGCGGUGGGCCUCGCGACUCAACACCAUAUGCUGGUGAUUUAACCAUCGAAUUAGAUUCUGGAAUUUCUGUCCGCAUACCGAACGAUCAGUUGAUCGUUCCAAAUCUUUCAAUCGACCAUACAUCAGGCGCCAUAGUUGCAAAUGCGUCAGAACCAGAACUCGUCCUCAAUGCAAUUCAAGCUGGUAACGCGAAUGACCUCCCACAGCUAGGACGACAAUUCCUAACUGCCGCUUACUUGAUGUUAAACCAAGAUGCAAAGACUUUCACACUCUGGGAAGCGAAUCCUACCGAGAACGAAGACCUGGUGGCUGUUGAUGGCAGAAAUAACCCUAUGGAUGAUUUUUGCACCUCACCCUCUACACCAAAUAAUAAUAGUGCCAACGGUGAUUUGAGAAAUUCGAAUAGUACUUUAACACCAACUAGUACAUCGGCUGCAGACAGCCAAAGUUCCGGAAAGGUAUCGACGGGGCUCAUUGUGGGCGCAGCUAUUGGAUCCGUUGCUGUGAUUUCAAUUAUUGGAGGAAUCCUCAUUUGGUACAUCUCGCAAAAGAAAAGGAAAAGGAACCUUAUCGCUGAGGCUGCAGUUGCCACCAAUAUGGCUGAAAAGCACCCGCCGGGAUACCAUCACAGCUAUGCGGACCAGAUACAGUUCCCUCACUAUAUUCCACAGGAGUUACAUGCCAAACCAGUCCCGGUCAUCGCACGUCACGAGUUGCAUUCUCAACCAGCUCGCGCCAACGAAGCGCACGAGCUACCUUAGAGUUCUAUCACCAAAUUCACGAUUUCAUGAAAAUUCAUGUAUAUAUCAUUUACACUUAAUUAUUAAUUUCAUAGUUUGUAAAGAAUAGAAAUCUUUCAGAGCAGGAUUAGAGCAUCAAAGCAAGGGGCGAAGUCAGGGAGUUGUCUAGUAGCCACGAGUAGGCCACAAAACUGUGUUAUUUAGUAAUAAGCAUACUACACUCUUCAAGUAUGCUUCCGCGAUAGUGUAGAGACAAUAUAACGCUCAUUCAGAAG